CUCUCUUACCCUCCUCCCUCUUUAGGUGCCGUCAGCCUUUUCUAUUUACACGAAUAUAGGAACUCCUCCUGCCACAGAAAUUAUUGGAGCCCAGAAUUCACCCACACUUCCUGUUCCCAACCACCAGCCAUUUCCCAAAUAGCCAUUCCCUCACCGGAGCAUUCCAUCUGGUGGUUGCACCCCAGGAUCACUUUCUGCUCUCGGCUUACCAUAAUGGCGGUCGCCCCAUCAUCUGUGAAAUACCUACAGUCUUCUACCCCAUUCACUCUUCCCACUCAACUUUCCCCCAAAUUUCAUCUCCGAUUUCCUUCCACUGCCGCCGCAAGGGCGAACUCCACCGGGUUCGGUUUCAGCACUCGUCGCAGUGUUCGGAGGAAACCUCCUGUGGUGCUGCGUGCCUCUGCUGCCGAUUUUAGCCCGAGCAUCGGAGAAUUGUUGGGCGAAGUCACCGUGUUCAAAGCCUCCGGUGAGCCCGUCGUGUUCAAGGAUCUCUGGGACCAGAACGAGGGGAUGGCUGUUGUUGCACUGUUGAGACACUUUGGAUGUCCUUGCUGUUGGGAAUUGGCGUCAGAGUUGAAGGAAGUUAAAUCAAAAUUUGAUUCAUCUGGCGUGAAACUCAUUGCAAUUGGUGUUGGUGAACCUAAAAAAGCCCUCUUGUUUUCCGAAAGGUUACCCUUUCCAGUGGACUCCCUCUAUGCUGAUCCCGAUCGAAAGGCUUACGAUGUCUUGGGUUUAUACUAUGGUUUUGGACGAACAUUCUUCAACCCAGCAAGUGCUAAGGUUCUAUCGAGAUUUGAUUCGCUCCGAAAAGCUGUGGAAAACUACACUAUUGAAGCCACACCAGAUGAUAGAAGUGGAGUUCUACAGCAGGGAGGGAUGUUUGUGUUCAAGGGGAAAGAGUUGUUAUAUGCUAGAAAAGAUGAAGGGACAGGCGAUCACGCUCCGUUAAACGACAUCAUUGACCUCUGCUGCCAAGUUCCAGUAGCCUGAAUUGAACAACAGUAUUUGUUUUAGUAAUCAUCAAGAAUGACUUAGAUUCUGUUCAUGUUUUGCUCUUUGUAUGAACUUGUAAUUGCAUAUAUGUGGUUGACACUCCAGAAUGCCUAGUAUGUAUGUACGUAUAUAAAUAGGACCGUGCUGGUAAAUAAAUAUACUAUACAAGUUCCAGUUGGCAUACUGCUGCCAUUGUAGUUUUACUUCAACUAAACUACAUAGAGAGCGCGGGAAACUAAACAACACACAAUUACACAAAUCUUUGUUUGUUUCUGAUAAGCGAAAAAAACUCUCAGAUAUAGCUAAACUCUAGCCCGGGAAGGAAUAGGAAAACUAACUGUAAUAAUAAUUCCCUCUCCCUUCGUCCCUAUUCUGUCUGUGCUUUCUUCUUCUUCCUUUCUCCCCCUCUUUCUCGGGCUCUCUCUCUGUAAAUCUUUCUUUCCUUCUUGUUUUCGCUGGGCUGUUCUUUCUUUCUUCUCCUGCUGUCACCAUGGAAGAAGAAAUCAAGCAACCGCCAUCAAAGCUGUUUGUGGGAGGAGUGAAUAGGACAACCACAGGGCAAGAAUUAGAGAAGCACUUUCAAAAGUACGGCCAAGUAAAAGACGCUUUUAUCGUCUACUGCAAACAAACUUCACGAAGCCGUGGGUUUGGUUUCGUGGAGUUUGAAGACGCAUCUGCAGCUGAUCUUGCUCUUAAUGAAGAUCACAUCAUUCUUGGCCAAAAGGUGGAUGUUUGCAGACCUAAACCGAAGAAAACGGAUAAUAAUGAGACUGCUGUUGGUAAAGAGGGGGAGCAUCAUCGAAGAAGCAAAAGGGUAUUUGUUGGAGGCUUGCCAUCGACAAUUACCCCAGAAGAGUUUAGGAGUUCCUUUCAGAGCUUCGGAGAGGUGAGUAAUGCGAUUGUAGUGUGCGACAAACACAGCGGGAAGCCAAGAGGGUUUGGGUUCAUCACUUUUGAAUCAGAAGAUUCAGCGGACAGAGCUUUGAAGAACAGAUUCUACCAGUUGAAUGGGUCGCAAGUGGAGGUGAAAAGGGCAAAUUCUAAGAACAACGCUAUUAAUAAUUUCGCCAGAAGAUACCAUGAAUACUCUGUCCCUGCUGCCCUGAACCAUUCUUCUUAUGUUAAUGGUUAUUACCACUACUGGUAUAACCUACUUCAUCAGCAUACUUCAGGGCUCCCUUAUUACUGGGUCCCGCCACCAGGAAUGAUGGGGAACUACUACUACGGCUACCAGUCUUGUUAUCCAAUGGCUGCUGCAAACUGUGCAAGUCUUUCAGGUGGAUGGUCCUAUGGUUCGGCUGAUGCUAUGCUACAUAGCUAUGGUGAGACAGACAUUGUGGGACGUCGUCAAGAGGAAGAUGAGACAAAUAUUACAGAUGGGAAUGGUGCAGAGGAUCAUGCUUGGGAAGUCUUGAGAAACUUGGACGAAGUUAAUGGUCUUUCCGUGGAUCAACAGGGAGCAGAUGGCGAGAUCAGAAUCGCAGGAAGUAAAAUUCCUGAUGACGAAGAAACCGGUACUGAGCAUCAUGUUGAACAAGUUUGGAGUAACUCGGAUAGAAUCAACAGCGAAUUAUUGGAGAUCAAGUUUGGUGACAUGGAACACCUAGAAGCAGCAGUAGGUGGCAAGCUUGAUGAGGCAGAAUCUGGGAUUGGAGACCUUGGUUAGUUUCUUUUCUCCCAUUGGACCAAUUAUGAGUAGUGUUGCCCUGUUUUGAAUAACAUACAUAUAUGUGUGUUCGAAGAAGCAUGAAUGAGUUGCAAUGUUUCUUUUCCAUUUGAUGAAACAGGUGAAGUAGAUGGGGGAAAUGCAGAAGUAGUGUCAAGGAUGGUUACCUAUUCCCUCGAGAAUGGCAAGAUUGAUGGUUGGAGCAUGGAAAGGAAGCCCGUAAUGAUGGUGGCAGCAGCCUGCAUCCACACUUGAAAAGCAGCGAGCUUGGUAGCGUUCUCUUUUGGUAGGAGUUUGAUGUAGUGGCCUAGUGGGUUUGUUUUCGGGUGAUUUGCGCAUUUUUGUUUGGAUACGAAUGGGUUUGAUCUACGAGGGGAUGGCCUCAAGAAUUGCCGUUUUGUGUGGAUGCAUGGAUUGGGAUCUUAAUUUGUUCGAUCUUUUUUUAUAUGUAAAACAAAUCUGUAACUUCAAUUAACUUACAAUGCACAAUUCUGUUUCUACCA